AUGGCGCCCAAGAAGAAAAGCUCCAAAAAGAGCAAACCGGCAAAGAGAGACACUCCUGUUAACCUCACCUUAGCCGAAGAUCCUUCUCUUGACAUUGACCAACAUCAUCAGCUGGACAGUUUGUUUGAAAAUGGUUCUGAUGGCUUCCUUUGCACUGCCAUGGAAGUCACCAAUCCAAGCCACGGAGCCAACAUGCUGUUGGAGAUGAGCUCCUUGCAGCAAGAGCACUUCCUUUGCGAUCUCACAAUUGCUACCAAAACCAAAUCGUUCAGAGUUCAUAAACUGGUGAUGUCCUCCUGCAGUGGAUAUUUCAAAAACCAGCUGAAAAAGGACCCCAGCCUUCAGCAAGUGGUCCUCAAUGACAUCUCCUCCUUGGGCCUGGCCACCGUCAUCUCAUACGCGUACACGGGAAAGUUGAGUCUUUCCUUGUACACCAUUGGCAGCACCAUUUCCACGGCCAGCCACCUGCAAAUGUAUGCGCUGCUCAACAUGUGCUCGGAUUUCCUCAUCCAGGAGAUGAAUGUGAAAAACUGGAUGUAUAUUGCCAAUAUGGCAGACACAUACAAUCUCGGUCGGAUUAAAGAUGCUGCCAGGAGGUUCAUCCGGGAACAUUUCCUAGAGUUCUCAGAUACUGAGCAGUUUUUGAAACUCACCUUCGAACAUUUGAACGAAUUGCUGAUGGAUGACAACCUGGAGUUCCCUAGUGAAGUGGUGGUCUUUCAGAUUGCCAUGAAAUGGCUUGAGUUUGAUGCCAAGAGGAUCAAGUAUGGGGCAGAUCUCCUGAAGAAUGUGCGGUUCGGCACAAUCCCGGCUCAUGACUUGAUCAACCACGUCCAACCUGUUCCGUGUAUGAUGCAGAACCCAGAGUGUCACAAACUUCUGGUGGAUGCGAUGAAUUACCAUUUGCUUCCUUAUCAGCAAAACGAGCUUCAGUCCCGAAGAACCAAAAUUCGAGGGAGCCAGAAGGUGCUGCUGAUAGUUGGCGGGCGGCCAUGCUCUGCAGAGAAGGCCCUCAGCAAAGACGUGAGCUACAGAGAUCAAGAAGGGAACUGGAAUAAGCUGACGGAGAUGCCCACCAAAUGUUUCAACCAAUGUGUUGCCGUCAUGGACAGCUUCCUUUAUGUGGCAGGCGGUGAAGAUCAAAAUGACGCCCGGAACCAAGCAAAACAUGCCAUUAGCAACUUAUGCAGGUAUGAUCCACGGUUUGGCACUUGGCUACACUUGGCUAACAUGACCCACAAAAGGACUCACUUCAGCCUCAGUGCUUUCAAUGGGCACCUCUAUGCCAUCGGAGGCCGCAACGCAAAAGGCACCUUGGUCUCUAUCGAAUGCUACAUCCCUUCGGCCAACAGCUGGCAACCCAAAGCCAACAUGGAGCUGCCACGCUGCUGCCACGCCAGCGUGGUCAUCGACGGGAAGAUCUUGCUGACCGGUGGCUAUGUGAACAACGCUUAUUCCCGGACCGUCUGCAGCUACGACCCUGUCCUGGAUUCUUGGCGGGACUGUAGCUGGCUGAGCAGCCCCCGAGGUUGGCACUGUGCUGCCACAUUGGCCGGCCGGGCCUAUGUCCUUGGGGGCAGCCAGCUGGGCCCCCGUGGGGAGAGGGUCGAUGUCAUUCCAGUGGAGUGCUAUAACCCUUCCACCAACCAGUGGAGCUUCAUGACCCCCUUGGCCACUGGCCUGAGCAUGGCAGGGGUGGCCACGCUUGACGGGCAAAUCCUUCUGGUUGGGGGAUGGAAUGAAAGUGGGAAAAAAUACCAGAAGACAAUUCACGCCUUCAACCCGGAUCUGAACGAAUGGACCGAGGAAGGAGAGCUUUUGGAAGGCACCGUGGGGGUGUCCUGCUGCACCAUUGCUCUUCCUCAUGCAAACACCCGGAGCUCCAGAGCUAGUUCAGUGGCCUCUGCCUCUGUGAGCAUGUAAAGGGAGCUGGAUGAGAUGGAAAUCUGGGCUCUGGUGACUUGUUGAAUCAGAGGCUUCACAGGAAAGGUGAAGGAUACGUGGCGUUGGCUGAAGAGAGAUCUCAUUGCACAGGUUGUUGUGUGGGUUUGUGGUUCAUGUCCCAAUAAUGACACAUUUUCUGAUGCUCGGAUUUAUCUGUGGACCUUUCCAUAACUCCUUUUGGGGAACUGAAAACUGAAACAUGUCCAGACCCGAUUCAUCAGCUGUCAAUGCGCUUCAUUUCUGAAAGCGACCUCUCUUCCUCGUUAUACAAUCUGAAAAUCUUCACACACACCCUUCGUCCAUAACUAGAUCCUACUUUUAAAGGAUUGGGAAGCCUUGGGGGACGGGGAAGGGGCUGUUUUCAAUGAAUUUAGUGGCCAGCUUUUUAGGACACCUCAGCCCUUAAUUAAGGGCCAGCUACAUUGUGUUUUGUUUGAAGUAGUCUAGUCAUCUAGUACUCU